AUGAACGAACAAUCUUCACGGUCGCAUGCUAUUUUUUCCUUGCACAUCAAGCAGCAAAGAGUAGCAGUAGCGCAAGAAGCUGAGCCGGUCAUUACUCAGCUUGCACUUGGUAAUGUUAUUAGUGCACUUGGUGGAGCUAAUGGUAAAGUCAGUCAUGUACCGUAUCGUGACUCGAAACUGACCAGGCUUCUUCAAGACUCGUUAGGAGGCAAUAGUCGCACACUGAUGGUUGCGUGUGUGUCGCCAAGUGAUAGCGAUUUUGUCGAGACGUUAAACACCUUAAAAUAUGCGAAUCGUGCGAAGAAUAUCAAGAAUAAGGUGGUGGCCAAUCAAGACAAGUCAUCAAAACUUAUUGGCGAAUUACGCGGUCGUAUUGCGGCACUCGAAGCUGAAUUGCUGGAGUUCAAACAGGGCCGACGAACAGUUGGCGUCGAUGGAGUCGAGUCGGUUAAUGAUCAGUACCACGAGAAUGUGAUGCUUACG